ACCAAACUGAACGAGUCAGGAAAGUUUUUUAGAGAUUGGGGAACUCACACUGACACACUUGACAUUGCCAGUACAGGUAAGCAAAUUCACUUUUCACUGGGUUCAAUGUAAUACCCAGCUUAGUGAGUUUGAUGGGAUGUUAAGCCAGCUUAACAUCCCAUCAAACUUGCAAACUUAUUAUAACAACGUAUACAAAAAGAAAACUUAUUUCUUUAACAUGUGAUAUAAAGGACCGUUAUCAUCUCUUUAAACACCACUUUGAAAAGCUAUGCAAUACCAUUUAUUAAACAUUUCAAUUAAAUAAGGCUCCAGUUUUGUGAACAAGCGAAAUCCCUUUGACACUCUCAUUAUUUGGGAUCGUUUUGUUAGGUCUACUACAGCAGGAGUUAGAUACUAAGCUACAGUUCUGGAAAACAAAACAACAGGAAGUUGUUGCAAAGCUGUCCAUUCUUCAAAAAACAAGAAGUACCCAAAGGAAGUCCAGAAUUAUGUUGCUCAGUAUCAACAGGAUGCCUACAAAAAUGUAAGUGAUGUAAUGAGUUUUAAUUACAAGCAAUGCAUACUUGAAACAAACAGGAACCAUGACAACUCUUUAGCUAUUGCUUUAUCUGGCAGAUGGCAAAAGAAAUCUGCAAUUCAUUUUACAAGUUCACUGACCAGUAAGUCGAUAUAUGUUAUGUAGCCUUCAAGUAGAGUGCUACAUUGUAUAAACUAUGCAAUAUAGUCAUAUGCAUGUCAAAUGCCUUACACAGAAUUUUUCGCAUGAAACAAAGUUAAUAUAAGUAAAUAUAAAGUAGAAUAAAAGAGGCUGACAAAUAGUUUCCAUCACUUUCCAACUCUUAUAUUUAGAUAGGCCAUUCCAUAGGUUAUUGUCAGUUACUGCUACAAAUGUGGCUAUAUAUUUGCUGGGAGAUGUUGAAAACUAAGGUGGCUCCAAAGCUCGAAAAUUGCUUCUAGGAAGUUCUGUUAACUUCGGCGAUGAAACCACUCCCAGGAAGUUUUGGUAACUUUGCAAAAUGUUGUAUCUUAUCAACAUGCUGAUCAUACAGGAGCGCUUUUAGAAGUAUAAGGUGGCCAGAAACCGCUCUCAGGAAAUUUUGUUGACUUGAUAAAAAGUUGUAUCUUAACAUACUUAUCAUGCAGUUCAAUAACAAAAGAUGGUAACACUGUAAUUGACACAGCAAUUUCCAGAUUGCAGCGUAAAUGUGAUUUAAACGAGUCUUUACUCUGUCUUCCAGCGCACACUAUUACCUGGCUCAACAC